AUGAAAUCUAAUACACAUACAGGUCGACUAGCCCGAGGCACUUCACUGCAACUGAUAAUUCAUUCUGUACAAGCCAACGAUGAGUCACUGUAUCAAUGCUCGGUGGCUGCAUUCACCCGUGGCGCCUUCUCAAGACCUCUGCUAGGUGAUCCAAUUAGGCUGAUCGUCAAUUCACCACCAAAGAUUCGCCGUAAGAACGUUGAUAGCCAUCAUAACAGCAAUGAGAACAAGAAUGCUAGCGGUAACAUUGAUGCGCCACAUGAAGCAAUCGAAGAAGAGUAUCUACCUGAAGGUGGUACUUUCCAUGUUGAAUGCAUCGCAGAUGGUGCACCAACGCCUAAAGACGAUAAAGUUAUCAGUACCAAUCGAACACUUCAUAUUGAGCAUGUAUCAGUGACCGAUCGAGGUAUUUACGAAUGUGUUGCUGUCAAUUCAGAAGGACGCGAUUCGCUCCGCAAAUGGCUACGCUUUUCACGUGAUGUACAAAUUGAUUAUGCACCCUCCAAUAAGACAGUCGCUGAAAAUUCGAGUGUUUUUUGGCAUUGCAAUGCGAAGGGAUAUCCUAGUGAUAUCACUUACAGUUGGUUUCAUAAUGAUACACCCAUCAAAGCCUCUGCAGUCGGACUAAGAGCCGUAGUUCAGGGUGGUGAUUUGGGAAUACGGACCGUGCAACGCUCAGAUGCCGGAAGAUAUCGUUGUGAUGCGAGUAAUGGACUUACGAAAGCCGUCUCUGCAACAGCUUUUCUUGAUGUUCAAUAUAUACCUCAAGCAAGUUCCACCAAUUCUGAAGUGUAUUUACUUGGAAAAGGUUUGGGUGGAUCAUUACAGUGCGAUUUCGACGCGAAUCCACCGAUAUCGUUCGUUGUUUGGACACAUAAUGGUGCACUGUUACCGAAUGCGGAUGGUACGCGAUUGAAUUUGGACGAAGUGAAAGAUGAGCAUUCAGGCAUAUACGCUUGUCAAGCAUUUAAUUCGAUUGGAUCAAGUCGAGCGUUCGAGAUUCAUGUCGCUAUUGCAGAACCACCACGUUUCUCAUCUUCACCACCACCGGCCAUUUUUGCGAAGCUCAAUUCACUUGUUGAAGUGAACUGUGACGGUUACGGUGAUCCACCGCCUGUUCAAUAUUGGCUUCGCAAUCGGAGUGUGAUGUUAUGGUGGUACUGUAUUCCUUUCAAAUAUUUUCGGAUAUUUCAGAAGAAGAUCGAAUCAUCUAAAAUUCUUUUGCAUUCAGUCAGUCAUAAUGAUUUUGGAGUAUAUGAAUGUUUCUUAUCUAAUCCAGUUGCAACGAUAUCCACACAAAUGUUCCUUUAUGUACAGAACACAUAUCCACAAGCAGUUAGUGAGUUGACAGCAAAUUGUGGCAUGGAUAGUGAACAGGUGGAGGUGCAUUGGAAGGCUGGUUACGAUAGUGGUUCCGAGCAACACUUCAGAUUGUUUUACAGGGAAGAGAACGAAAAAAAUUGGCAUUCAACAAAUUCAACCGACCUGAAUCACACGGUUGUUCACCAUCUAAGUCCCUUUAUACUCCAUCAUUUGCUUGUCGAAUCAAGCAAUAUCUUUGGUGCUAUUAAUUCAUCUGCAAUCACUCAAACCGUGUGUUCUCGACUGAAUCCACCAAGGAAUCUACGAUUGAACUCGGCCAAUUCUUUGGAAUGGGACAUGGUUGAUGGCGCAAUGGCAUAUCGAGUUCAGUAUCGCAAUUCAGACGAUGAAAUGUUCUCAGAAUUGUUAGAUACGAAAGAAACGUCCGUAUCGUUACACGAUUACGUUGCAUCAACAUCAUCAUCAAGAAUUUCGUCACCUUCUUCGAAUGCACCAACCUCUAAAAGUUCUUCAUCUUGGAUCGAUGUUCGUGUGAGUUCAUUGAGACCACCGAAUAUCACUUCGAUACCCUCCAACCCGUUCAGAUUUCACGUCACAAAAGCGAACACCGGAUUAACGUUGUUGAUAGGUAUUUUUGGGACGAUUUUAAUGGUUUUGUUGCUGUUGGUAUUGUUAUGGGCAGUUCGACGGCGCUUUGCGAAGCAUCGAAAUGCUCGAUUGAAACGUAUUAAUGAACGUUACGGAUUUCAGUCAGAAAAGCAUGUGGCCGCGAAGCAAGGAAAAACAUUAGCUAGGCGGUCAAUGAAAGCUGAACGUAAAUCAUAA